AGUCCAAACAAGUAUUUCUGCUGUCCACGCGGAACAGCUCUACAGCCUUCUGGAGAAAAGGGCGCUGAACGUGCGCAGCAGCUCUCCCGACUUCCACAGGAGGAAAUGAGUUGGCGACGGCUGAUCUGAAGGAGGUGCGACCUGAAAUGACUGUUUGAUCGUCCCCUCUGCCUCGCCUGCGCCGCCGAAACCGGGGAGCUGCUUUGGUGCAGGAGCAGAUGAAACAAACGGAGAGACUCGAUGGAUAAAAGGUGAGCGGAUGGGACCAACCAGCCGGAAUUGUCGGUGAGGUGAAGUCAUUCAGGGGAGCGCAGCCCGGCCGGUUCAUCAGGAUUGCGACUGCCUUAUGUAACUGAGUUCUGUGUAGGGAUUCGCAGGCAAACUGCUGGUGGGGAGACGCAGGUGAAGGGAGAGGCGUUCUAUCACAGGUUUGUCCAUCCACUCAGCAUGAUCAGUGAAGACGCUGUCUCCUAUCGCCAGUGAGUACGCUGAGAUGAACGAGGGCCGCAGGCAGGGAGGAGGGGCUAUCACUGUGGAGGCUGAUGUCAUCCUCCAUGUGGUGAACCCUGACCUUGUCACGCCUUCUGAUAAAGAUGGGGAUUUACAUCCCGGUUAUGUCCAAGGGUUCCUGCAGGACGACCAGGAUUUCAGCCCUCCUCCAGUGUUUGAGAAGGAAUACCUGUUGGAUGGAAGACUGAUGGAGAAUAACCACAUCGAUUGUCAGAAAGGUAACGGCUCGUACGUCUCAAGAGCUGAUCAGUUUCACCUCCCCAAUGAUAAGGGAACUCCGGAUUUCCCUCCUCACGCUGACUCCGCUCUGUCCAAUCACAUUGCUGGCAUGCAACAAAAUUAUGCGAGCAGUGAAACCCACAAUGGCGCCAGAGCUAAAGUGUCUUACAGUGCAGAUUCCUCCAUAAGCUUGCCUAGCCAAGGCAAACAGGAAACUGAUUGGUCUGUCCUAAAAUCGAACCUCGGGGGCAGGGACAGCAGCCAGGAAGCUGAAAAUACACAGUCUAAAAAAGAGCCUGAUUUAGUCAUCGAGGUCGGCGGGCAGACUAUCAACGCUCACAAGUCUGUCCUGGCAGAGAAGAGUGACUACUUCAAAGCACGUCAGUCUCGAGACAUCCUGAAAGUGAAGGGCGUGAGUUACAAGACUUUGUCUACAUUGAUAGACUAUGUUUACACUUCCCAGAUGAAUGUUUGCAAGGACAAUGUUGUAGAUGUCAUUACGGGAGCUAAAAUCCUCCAGAUCCCCUGUGCCGUCCAGGCGGCUAUGGACUCCAUGUCUGCGCAAAUCACUGCCGAGAACUGCUACGAGAUUGUAACCAUCGCCAAAAAGCAGCGACUUAGCGAGCUGAAGGAGACCGCCUACGGAUUCAUGAGCGACAACUUCCUCCAGAUCCUCAAAGACCCCGCUGUGUACGGGCGCCUGACCGGAUCUGAGCGGGAUCUGAUCCUGAGGAAGCGAAUGGAGGGGAGGAAGACUCUGAUGGUGGCGGAGAUAAACGACGUGUUUGAUCGUGUUGGGAGCCGGCCCCCGAGCCGCUGCAGCAGCCGACCACAGAGCCCAUUGUCGGUCGGGUCUUUGGAGGAGAGUCAUAUGAUUUACUAUUUUAACGAAACUGCAAAUGACUGGAGACCUCUGACUGCGAUGCCUGAGGACAUAAACACUAAAGGGUGUGGGAUCUGUACCAUGCAUAACUACUUGUUUGUGGCAGGGGGUAUAAAGGGGUACGGGGACAAGGGCAAGGUCUCAGACAAGGUCUUCUGUUACAACCCCAUAACCAACCGCUGGACUGAGGUCAGACCUCUGAACCAGGCUCGUGCCCAGCUAAAGCUUGUGUCUAUGGAUGGCUACUUGUAUGCCAUUGGAGGGGAAUGUUUGUUUACAGUAGAAAAAUAUGACCCUCGCAUGGACCGCUGGACCACGGUGGCCCCUUUGCCCAAGGGAGCCUUCGCAGUGGCCCAUGAAGCCACAACCUGCAGUGGAGAACUUUACGUUUCAGGAGGCUCUCUCUUCUACCGCCUCCUUAAGUACGACCCCAAGAGGGACGAGUGGCAGGAGUGCCCCUACAACAACAGCAGGAAGAAGUCCACUGACAUGGUGGCUUUGAAGAGCUUCAUUUACCGCUUCGAUGUCAACCGUGAGCAGGGGAUCACCGUGUUCAAGUACAACACCAUAGUGAAAAUGUGGCAUGAUUGCGCAUCACAGAGGCUUGGAAGUCAUUUACCCUUCAGGUGUGCUGUGAUCGGGAACUGCAUCUUCUGCGUGAACAAAAGCCAGACUCUUCAGUUUGUAGUGGAGGAGGAGAAUGCCUACUUUGUUGAGGAGCCGCUGAGAGCGCCUCUCGAGGCAAAAGGCGUGCUUUUCCCUUUUGUUCUCACUUUGCCUGAAAAGCCCGAAAAAGUGACACAAUAAACGCGUCACAGCAUAACUGAAAUAAGCAGAAUACCUUAUAUACACUCUUCAGUGUCAGCUUUCUAUCUCGGUGUGUCAUUGCCUGCUUGCAAUGGAAUGUGCGUAUUUGCAUGGCAACUUAAUGUGUCUGCAGGGUUAAGCCUUAAAAGGAAACUUUUUCUUUAAAGUUUUGAAUGAAUGCAACAAUAUUUGUAUCUGACAGUAGAUAAUGACAUGGCGAAAGUGACUGUAGCUUAUUUUGAGUAUUUCCUGUGUUGAGUAUAGUUUGGUGCACUUCUGUAGUUAGAUUAGUUAGAACAUAUUUACUAGUUGAGUGGUGACUUUGGUAACAAAAACAAGUGUUUUGUUGAAAGUUGUAUCAAAAAAGAAUGGAAGCAGUUGCAGUGCGCUUAUGAACGACGCAACACAGGUUCUAUGCAAAUAAGACAGAACAUACAGUUGGGUCUGCUGUAAUGCUGUGCUAUUUAAUAGUUACUGUAAUGGGAAUCUGAAAGGAAGGAAUACAGUAUUCUUGGAACUGAAAUGAACAAUUAUUUCCAUUAUUUUUGUGAUUAAUCAAUUAAUUAUUUGGUCAACAACAUGUCAGAUAAUGUGUAGUGAAAUGUUAUAAUUUCCAACACCAGAUGUAUUCAAGUAUUGUUUUAUUUGACCAACAGUCCAAAAUCCAAAGAUAUUAACUUUACUAUUAUAUAUCAUAAAAGAAAGCCUCAAAUUAUCAUGUUUGAUCAACUGUAUAAUUCUUAAACCACACACAUAUUCCCUUUGCAAAGCAUUUCAACAGCAUGUUAUACCUACCAUAAUUCAGGGGACCAUUUCAAUUCAGUAUCUUCAAGAUACUAAAAACAAUCUUGUCAGAAAUAUAAAACAAGAUGCUUCAGAUUGUUUAACCAACGUUGGAAACUGAACUUAGGUGUUAAAGCACAUAAAUAAUACUUAUUUUUAGAUACAGAAUAUGUUAUUUAGCUUAUAGUGGAUACUCACAGGUGUCACAGUUCCUACAUUUAGCACAUUUGCCAAAGAUAAAUAACAAGUCAGUCAGGCUAACAUAUAUAUACUAUCAAAUCAACUCUUGACAAAGACUUUCACAUCUUUUGUCGAUUAAGUUCCUUGUAAAAAAAAAGUGUUCCUCUGACAUCAGAUAAACAGUCAAAUAAACUAGAGCAAUAGCUGUUUUUGUAAGAGGAAAGCCAUCAUGUUUGCUGCUAACAGGCACUUUCUGGGAAGUUAAGGGAAAGAAAGCCAUUCAGAAUACACAAAGAUGCAUCUCUUAUCUUUCUUUCUUUCUUUCCCUUUGUAUGUGUUUAAGGAAACAGCAGCAGGUUUCUUCACUGGCUAGGUCCAGCCUGUCCUUUAGCUCAAACGUCAAAUCAGAUACUACCGCGCUGCAGCAUGGUCAGGCCAUGGCCCUUACUUCUUCCACACACAAGAUAUCCUGCUGUCAUGACACUAACAAACCAAGCUCCUCUUGCAUCAGUGUCCAUUAAUACCAAUUUUUCUCUAAGUUUCCUUCUUUUGGACGUUUCACACUAUUUGUUUGCUGCUGAAUUAACAGUGGGAGUUUUGUAUGGAAGCUAAUGCUGAUAUAUUCUUGGAACAAAUUGCUUUUGAUAAUGUUUGUAGAAAUGCGACAAUGUGACUAGGACAAAAUGGAUGUGGUUUUAUAAAUUGGCUGGCUGUAUUUUUGUGAAUUUACAAAUGGAGUUCGGUAGUUUUGGAUCUGCUGAUGUGAUGGACAGUAAAGUAUGCUAUGCAGUGGCUUCCUGUUCAAGGCAUAUAGAGUGGGCUCACAAAUUAGCUGUUGGAUAAUGUGUAUCAGUCAGAACUAAGUGCUUCAAAUAAAAUAUUUUGUGUCUGAAAA